AUGAUCGCCUUCAGUUGCUUGUUGUUUAUACCCCUUCCUCAAGCGACCGCAGCCAGGUCCACCACGGAUAACGACCAGAGUACCCGCAACAAUGUCAUGUACGGGCUGCAAGCCCGCCACUUCGAAUCUAGAUCUGAUCUCGCCGCAGGAGAUGAUCGAUUUCCUAAGACUCUCCCGUCCUCAACGAACAAGAACCUUAGCAAGGGUAGCAUUAACACGACUCAUACGAAAGGCGGAAAAAAUGUCGGUAUUAAAAUGAUGAACAAGGAUAAGAAGACUAACAAGGGAACCAAGAACAUUAAGGACAAGAAAUUCACCAGCGGUUCCAGGAACACCAACAGGAAAAUAGUUGGCAAUAUCAGCAACAGCAAAAAGGCUAGCAAGAGCUCCAAAAGCACUGCGGUCAAGCCACUAAACAAGAACUCGAAGAAGGGCUCAAAACCAAGCAGGAAACCUGGGCAGGACUACAAGGCAAUCAAGAACAAGAAGGCUAUCAAUGGCGACAAGGAUAAAACUCCUGGAGACAAGUCCGGCAGCGCUAGCAAGAGCGGUAUGAUGAGCAGCGCAAAGAAGAAAGUCGGGAAGGAGUUGGAUAGUAAAGUCGACAGCAAGGUGAAGACUUCCCAGAGCGCCAAGAGUAUCAAUACCGCAAAAGCUGUGGAGAAGGCUAAGAGCGUUGAUGGCACGAAGAGUGACUCGGGGGGUGCGUUGUUCUGCUCGAUCAGGCCGCGUACCAUGGGCGAAGAUCCCGAACCUGUCGAUAAAGGUAAAGAUGGUGAGUACAAGGUGAAAGAGGAUCAAUACGUGAAUGCGGCGAGUCUUUGGGAAGGCGAGAAGGUGCACUUGGAUGACAUGAGCGGGUGUACGGGCACUGUUCUUUGGGACGAAGAAAACAUGCCCUCAGUUCAACAUAUCUUUGUUGGCAAGGAGAAAGACCACGCGAAAGUCUUGCCUGAGAGCCUUGAAAAAGGUGGAAUUAAGCCUCAACAUGCUCACAUCGUGGCGGCCAACGACGAACGGUUCGAAACGGUCAAAAAGGAGCUUGUGAGCAAAUACCCGCAUCUUGACGACGCACCCGACACCCCGGCGGACAAGCAAAAGAUCCAGCGGAUCUCAUAUACGCCGGAGAAAGCUGGCCAGGACGGUUCAUCCAGCACAAGGCACCGAUUCACAGUCACUGCUGGCGAUGCAAAUAGGAAAGUGGAAGCUUCCACAUAUAAGGCAGACCUGAGCGGAUGUUAG